GCGGUGCAGACUUCACCAGGUUUUCUGUUAAAUUUAGUGAUUUCAGGAGUUUGUUUACGUACCGAACAAACUAGUAGCUGAGUGUAAAUGAGAAGUUAAGUCGUGAAGUGAAAACAUGAAGACUUAGUUAAGGCUAAAUGCCGCUUAAUAGCCCUGAAAUACACAGACUUGUACGAUUUUACGUCUCCAAAUUAGGAGCAGUUUACUAAGUCCCAUAGGGCAGAAGAGGCUUGCAGCCAUGGCAGGCAGGGGUCGUGGAGUGGCUGCCUUCACGUUCAGUGUGGAGGCUCUGGGCAUCGGCAGGGGCAGCAUGCCAGAAGCCAGGGUGGGGCCCAGCCCGCUGUUUCCGAACACAGAGUUUAAGCCAGUGCCGUUAAAAGCUGGCGAGGAUGAGGACUACAUGCUGGCCUUAAAACAGGAGCUGAGGGGAUCGAUGCAGCGGCUUCCACACAACAUCAGACCUCACUCCAAUAAAGCAGACGUGGAGAAAUACACGGAAAGAUACCUCAAGAAAAGCCAGAUGGAGGAUGAGGAAUGGACUCCAGACUGGAACCUUUUCCCAAAAGAAUUGAUGCCCCAAGUGAAAAAACGGCGGGCUAAACCAGGCACAAAGAAGAAAACUGUGAUAUCACGCAAACACACAGAGGAUAUGAUGACUAAAUUAGAUGAACUGGAAAAGAAAGAUGAUGGGAACCUUGAAAAAUCAGACGAUGAGACCAAAAAGAAAACGGGGAAUGAGGAUGAUGAGGAGGAAAUUGAAGCAGAAGAAUAUGACGAAGAGGAUAUCGAAGAGGAAAACGACUACAUUGAAAGCUAUUUUGACAAUGGCGAAGAUUUUGCUGCAGACAGUGAUGAUAAUAUGGACGGUGAAGCAACAUACUGAGAAAGUGUGAUUCAACCAUGCAAACUCAAGAAAGCUUGCACUGUUCAAGUAAACAAUCAGUAUGUGAUUGUUUCUAUUCGUUAAAUGUUGGAGAUAAGCUGGGAAUACUGUUUAGCAGAGUCAUGGUUGUUUGCUUUGUUUGAUCUUGAGGCGCAAGCUUUCCUUGAGGACUUAUGUAAAUAAGAAAUUCCAAACUAUGUGCAUACUGGCAAUAAUUUAUUCAAAAUAGAUGUAUUUAUUUUCCAGCCUGUAGCACAUUUCCACAGUUUGAAAGGCACAUACUGUCAAAAACACAUUAUGCAUUUCAUGAAGUGUCAAGUGAAGACGGUGAUAAAAUAAAAGGGCUACAUAACAAAGUCUAAAAUUUCACAUAAUUACAAGAAUGAGUCAUUGUGGGAAUACUGUGCAUUUCCCAUUUUCCUCACCAUGCUCUUUGAGGUUUUUUGAAAUGGAAAAAAAUGCACUUCUCUCCAAGCAAGCUAAAGGAAAGAAAAAUUCAAGCAACUUUCAUGGAAAUUCAAAAACAUAAUUUAACUGGUAACUCUGAAUACUGUUUGAGUGGUAAAGGCAAAUGCUCAAUAGUCUUGUAAUAAAUUAACUCUAUAUUAAACACAAUGGCAGCAAUAGCGUUGGAAAAUACACUAUUUCUAACAUGGCAAAAAAUACAGUUGGACCAAAUUAAGUAAAAACUGGUUUAAAACCACAACCACAGAAUUAAUUACUCUCUCAGGGUGUGACCACUGCCUCAUUACUGAAUAAACAAACUGGUUAGUGUUACUUUCUGUCCCGCAGUUUGUGUGAAGCUUACUGAGAGUGCAGCAGCAUAGAUGAAAAAACAUCACCUCAAUUCUACUGGCGACACUGAUAACAACUCUGAAAUGUAUCCAUCAUUUUGAAAAAAACUGAGCCAAUCAUAUCACUUGU